AUGUCACCUUGUGCAAAUCUUGCUGUUUUGCUGUGUCUCCUGCACAUCCUCUGCAUCACCGCCGACAUCGGUACGUAUGCCACAAUACUUCUCCAUCCAGCUUGCAAAUGUUUUUGAAUGUAAACUCAGUUUGAACUUGUAACCCUGGACUUGCUUCUGAUGGUGUUCUGUCCUGCUCCAGACAGUGGCUCCUUCCUGAUCUACAAUGAAAACCACAACAAGUGCAUAAGAGUGGAGAGCGCCACUUCCAUAACCGUGGCCCAGUGUAAUCCUCGCGCCAAAGAGCAGCAGUUCCGUUGGGCCUCCGAGUCACGCAUCUUAAGUCUGUCCCUCAAGCUUUGUCUUGGGGCCACAGAAAUCAAAGACUGGGUGAAGGUGGUCCUCUAUGAAUGUGAUGAGAAGAGUGACUUACAGCAUUGGCAGUGCAAGAAUGAGACUCUGUUUGGGCUUAAAGGCCAGGACCUGCACUUAAACUGGGGCAACCAUAAAGAGAGGAAUAUAAUGAUCUACAGGGGUUCGGGGCUCUGGAGCCGCUGGAGGAUAUUUGGCACUCGGGGUGACCUUUGUUCAAAAGGGUUCCAAGGUAAGAGUGAUGGAGACAGAGACACUUUUAUUGGAUGAGCUAGAAAGGUUGGAAGGUUGUCUUCUCAGAAAGUCUUGCAUUGGAGUUUUUUUUAACAAUAUACUUUCCUUUGAGUGACUGCACUUUAUUCCAAGCAGUUAAAUCCAGCGAAGUGUAAUUUUCAAGAUUCACUUUGUGUUCAAUCUACAUGAGGACGUGUUGGUUUGUGAUGAUUUUGGUGGCCAUUCAUCCCUCUUUGCACAUGUUUCAGUACAAAUAACAUCAUAGAACAUCUUUGCUACAGAAAGUGGAAAUAAAACCUGCUUCAGUAGCUUGCAAAUAGCCAAAUCAUCUGACACCUACCCCUCGCCAGCAGAUUUAGACGGAACAAAUAACUUGAAAGACAUAAGCAAUCCUGCCGCUGAUGGUCUAUAAUUAUAUAUGAGUCAUAUAGAAGCAUCAGCAUCUGUACACGUCUGAUUACUAAUCAGCAAAUAAGUAGGUUUAAGGUACAAAAAGAGUCACAUUCAGAUCAGUUAUGAGUAAUUUAGUCAUGUUUUCCAGCUUGUUUGAAAACAAAAUUCUUCCAAGUCUUUACCUUUUGUUUACCAUCAAAUAAAGCGUAUUAAAAUAGAUAAAUUAUGGUCAGAACAGAAUUAGAGAAAUCAGCCUUUAACAACAAAACAUGGUGGUUGAGAGAUGGAGGACUGAGUGCCUCACACCAACAUAUUCAAAAGGAUACAGAUUUUGGAUCUUUAUAAAAUCUGUAGACUCCCAAAUUGUACUUUACAGAAUCGCAAGACUGUAAUCCGACUGUUGUACGAGAUCAUUAAUCAUCUUUUGUAAAAGUGUCUAUAGAGGCAAAUUUAACAAAUCAAGCAUCAGUGUGCUUCAGGAAAGCUACUUUAAGGGCAACAAAUGAGUAAAACUAAUUGAUUAGACAUUGCAUUCAUUAGUAUGAUGCUAAGUAGUCAUGAGUAUGUGGCCUAUCCUGAUGUAUAAAUGAGUGCACAGGACUUAACAGAAGUGUUACAGGUGGACGGUAAUGUACUUUCAUCUUGAAUUAUGAUCUGUGUCUCCUUAGAGAUUUUCACAAUAGGGGGCAAUGCUUUUGGAGGCCCUUGUCAGUUUCCAUUCAAGUUCUUGGACAAGUGGUAUGCCGAGUGCACCAAGGACGGCCGUUCAGAUGGAAUGCUGUGGUGUGCAACCGUGAGAGAUUAUGGUAUAGAAGCCAAAUGGGGCUUUUGUCCCACUACAAGUAAGUGCAGCGAAUGAGUGCUUCUCGUUUCAUUCACCAAUCAUGCAGAAUCCACACAAUUACUGCCAUGUAUUUAGUAUUGUAUUUAGUUUUUAACACAGUCAAAGAGAAGAGAAGUAGACAUUUUUUUUCAAUUAUUUCUGUUUCACUCCUUUUAAAAUCCAGCUUCUUCCUUCCUUGAAUUCCCCCCUUCAGUUUCUAAUCAUGUGUGCUUUGUGUAUCUAUAACAACGUAGCCUCCUCAGGCUGGGACACUGACCCGGUCACAGGGGUUCAGUAUCAGAGGAACCCUCAGUCAGUGCUGACCUGGCAUCAGGCCAGGAAGAGCUGCGAGCAGCAAGGAGCCGACCUCCUCAGCAUCGUGGAACUUCAUGAACAGUCGUACAUUUCAGGUACAAUGCCUGCCAUGUAGUAUUUACCCAAACUACUCUUCUACUGGCCUUUCAUUGUGUCAUACUGUAUUGGAUUUUACAGGAUUGACGAGCACUUUGGGAACAUCUCUUUGGAUCGGACUAAACAGCUUGGAUUUUGACAGUGGAUGGCAGUGGAGCAAUGGAAACCCGUUCAGAUAUUUAAACUGGGCUCCAGGUUGGUAAAGACAAGUUAUAGAGUAGAGAGUUGUUGUAUAUUUAGAUUUAACUAAAGGGGAAUAAAAAGAGCGGUGGGUUUCUUUAGAGAUGUGACACUUAAUCUUACAAAUGUCCUUGUAAAAGGUAAUCCUUCAUCUGAGCCUGGGCUUUCCUGUGCUACCCUGAAUGCUGGAAAAGCCUCAAAAUGGGAGAGUGAGGCCUGCACCAAGAAACUCGGUUUCAUUUGUCGAAAAGGGAACUCUACAAAUGUACCUCCGCCUCCAAGUAAUUAUCACACUUUCAGAUAAUCUGGAUCGUUGGUCGAGUGAAUCUUACAACUCAAUAUGUUUCCAACUCUUUCUAUUCAAUCUACAGGCAAGAACCAGCCCAGUUUCUGCUCCAAUCACUGGGUCCCAUAUGCAGGGAACUGUUACUACUUGGAGAGGAGUAAAAAGUUAUGGAAGGACGCUCUGGCUGCAUGUCGCAAAGAAGGAGGAGAUCUGGCCAGCAUACACAAUGUAGAGGAGCAGAGUUUCAUCAUCUCUCAGUCUGGAUACUGUAAGUGAGCAUUUUGUCAUUUCUGCUUGGGCUGGGCGAUAUGGCUUCAAAUCAGUAUCACAAUAUAUUGAGUAGUUCACUUCGAUUAUGGUAAAUGGACGAUAACUUCUCCACAAACUGCUCACCCCCUCCCACAUUAACUUCGUCUGCUUCAGCUGCUACAACUUUUGAACCGUCCUCCAUCUCCUCACCUGUCUUUCCCUCUUUGUUACGGACUGGAUGGGGUGGAGUCAAGUCUCUGACAUAGGACAGUGUCUUAAAGGGACAUGAGACCAUAACCUACCUACAAACAUCCAAAACCAACUUUUAUUUAUUACAUUUUUUGACACCGAAUAUACUGAUAUGGGCAAAAUGACAUUGGUUAUUGUUGUAAAUUUCGGUAAAUGUAAAUUUUUGAUUUAUUGCCCAGCCCUAAUUUCUACAUUAGCUAGUUUUACAACAAAUAUCUAAAACUUGUAAAAUGUUCGACACCUUUGUAACUGGGGAUUACUUACACAAAAGAGAGUUUCCACAUUUUUUUUUUUGCACAUGAACAGACUCCCCUUAUUCAACUCUCAAAAAGUCGAGCAAAACCUUUUGAUAAAAUCUUUUCAGUGCCGACUGAUGAGCUUUGGAUCGGCUUAAAUGAUCAGAUGAAUCAGAUGCUGUUCGAGUGGACGGAUCGCUCCCAUGUUACCUUCACCCAGUGGCAGACCGGUGAGCCAUCUCAUGCUACCAACCACCAAGAAGACUGUGUUCUCAUCAGCGGAAGGGUAACACCUCUAACGAUUAAAAUACAGACACACGAUGUCAGAUGUUGUUGCUGAGUGGAACAAAUGUGACAUUAACAUCUCCUGUGUUUUUUCUCUUCAGAGUGGCAGGUGGGCUGACCAGUUGUGUGAGAAGGCCCAUGGCUACAUCUGUAAGAAGAAGGCCUCUAUAACACCAGCAGGGGGCAUCCAUGAAGAAAUUAACCCAGGAUGCAAGCUUGUGAGUGAAGUAACAUAGCUCACUGAUGGGUGCGUUUAUACAUCGUAGCAUGGCCUAUUCUAAAUAACAGUUUCUUUUGUUUGUUUGUUUUUCACCUUCAGGGUUCAACCAGGUUUGGCUCUUUCUGCUACAAUAUUGGAGCUGAGAAAAAAACCUUUGAGGAGGCAAAGCAGGCGUGUUCAGAUACUGGUUCCUACCUGGUGGACAUAGCUGACAGGUAUCUUUAUAAUUUUUGUAGAUUUAUAUGAGAUGAAUCUUUUCACCUGACAAGAAUUUAAAAAAGCUAAGUUAAGUAGUUCACAGAUCCAUAUUCCUCAUUAGGUGGAACAUAAAACCCCAUAUCCCUGCUCCAAUACUCCUGAUCACCUUUUCUGUUAUCAGUCAGGUCUCAAAAUGUCCCAUUUUUGCUCCUCGUUAUCUGAAGUGACUGAAGACUUUGGGGGUCAGCCAUUCCCGAGUGCUGUAAUGGCGUCCAACUGACUCCUUCUCACAAAGCAGACGAUAAAUGCUCUGACUCAGACGUCCAAUUCUCACACGGCCACCAUUUUCAUGAGUCCAGUUUUUUUAUCGGGUUUGAUAAAUGCUGUGAUCUGAGCGUACUAAAAAAAAGAGACAUGUUAUUUUUGAAAAGCCUACAGGUUAGUUUUAGAUUUGAGUACAGAGACUUGCUCACCGUUCUGUUGUUUAUGUUUCCAUGCAGAUAUGAGAACGCCUUCUUGGUCAGUAUGGUGGGUCUAAGACCAGAGAAAUACUUUUGGACAGGUCUCUCCAACACACAAGACAGACACACCUUCAAAUGGACCACCAGAAGAAAAGUCCUCUUCACUCAUUUUAACAUUGGCAUGCCAGGUACUGAGCCCCUUUUCGCUGUAAGUUAUAAGUUGUUAUAUGAACAUCUACAACCAAUUGUUUGUAAACCUAUUUACUCGUGGGAUCUGGAUGUUGUAUUUUUAAAUGCUACAGCUCUGGGUUAAAUAUGGGAAGUUAUGCAGUCCACUGUUUUGAUCCAGAUUGAAAUUUAGAGGCUAUUAGACUUUUUAUUUAAAAUUUAAAUAAAUGCCAACUUCAAUGCUUGUGACUACAGCUGACAGGUAGGAGUUAGACAAAGAGUCUGUGACAGUGAACAUGGCUGAAUCUCUACCUGCUAAAUCUCAUCAUGUAACUCUGUUAUUGUGAACAAGUGAGUAUGCUCAUGUUGCAUUUAGUUUGAGGCACCAUUUUUUCAUUGAGGAGUACUUAAAAACACUGUUGAGUUCAUUUGUCACGUAGAUGUUCUUCUCUUUACUUAAUCCAUUAUUGAGACCACGUUUGACUUCAGAUUACAUUUCUUGUGUGUUUUGGUCCGUUCUCUAACAGAGAGACAUCAAGGGUGUGUUGCCAUGACAACCGGAUAUUUAGCCGGAUUAUGGGAUGUUGUCAGCUGCACUAACAAGGAGAAGUAUAUCUGCAAGAAAGCAGCAGAAGGUGUUCAUGUGACAACGGUUCCUCCCACUACCCCGACCCUAAACUGUGAGACCGGGUGGACCCCAGUUUCCUACAGGAACGCGUGCUUCAAAGUAAGGAGUUGAACUUCGCUGAUUCAUGAAAAAAAAAAUGUCAAUCAAAGGCGAUGAGUAAGAUACUCACACAUUUCUCUGUUUGUUGAAAAGCUUUACAAAAAAAAAAACAGCGAAAAGAAAACUUGGCAAGAGGCAGAGGACUUCUGCCAGGCCAUUGGAGGGAAUCUGAUGAGCAUUCACAGUGGGGACGACCUGGACGACGCUCCGUAUGUUCCCUCAGCAGCUUAUUUAACCUCACAAUUCAUUGUUGUUGUUAGUCAUCAACUCAAACACUAAUCAGUGCUUUUAUCUACUACCGUCAUAAAGAUUUCAUUUAUCAGACCCAGCCUGGAUUGGCUUCCGCCUAGGUGCCAGUGAAGGUUUUGUCUGGAGUGAUGGCUCAGCUGUAUGUAUGACUUUCUUUCCAUUAAAGGGAUAUUCCGGCGUAAAUUGAAUUAAGUGUCACACUCACUGUAACAUCGAGUUAGACACCCCCUCGGGAGAUGAAUGCUGCCGACCGCUUGCUUCUCUACCCUGUAUGUACUGUUGAUGAAGUUAGGUGAUGUUCUGAGCAUUAUUUGUGGCUAUAGAGUGGAGUUUUGGAUGAGGUUUGUUUAAGGCUCCUUAGACCGCUGUGUAUUGCUAUCAUGCGGUCGUUACUUAAGUUAGUUUAACUAGAGAAGAAAGUGGUAGGCAGCAUUCAUCCCUCGAGGUGGUGUUUAACUCUGUGUUACAGUGUGUUUGACCCUAAAUUAAUUUUAUGCCAGAAUGUACCUUUAAAGCUUUACCCACAGUAACUUCCAACCCUUGACUAAUUCUAUUUCAUUUCCAAAAACAAUGAGCUAGUCCAACUAUGACAACUGGGGCUACGGUGAACCAAACAACCACAAUGACGAUGAACACUGUGCAGAGGUCUUCAGUUACUACGGACGGUUCUGGAAUGAUCGCAACUGUGAGAACUACAAUGAUUGGAUAUGCCAGAUUAAAAAAGGUGACACUUACUCUUUUCAUCACACAGAGCCCUGUACCUGAAGUAGCCAUGUGAUAUGAUUUAAAUCUUUGCCCUGAAACAUGUUUCCUCCAUGCUUCUUGUAAUUUCAGGUGUGGUUCCUAAACCUGAGCCUGUCACAGUUGAAAUAGGUAGGCACUGACCUUAAUCUGUUGACCUGAAAUCCUGUAAUUCAACUGUUCUUUUGUGGUCUUGUUUCAUCUAUUUUAUAUGUAAAUGAGCCAUACCACCAAACAUGACUGAUUUGCAUUCAUAAAAAUAACACCAUUGGACUUAAGUGGGCCUGGUUUAAGUUGUGGUGUCAUGUUACAUGUUUUAGAGACGAUGGCAAUGACACAUCCUGAUUUUUGCUGUUUCUGCUUAAGAAGUUAACAUAUUUACUUCUUACAUAUCUUCUUACAGCAUGGAACACUACAGAGGACGGCUGGCUUAUAUACAACGACACACAGUAUUUCAUCAACAAUGAUGAGCUAGAUAUGGAGUCAGCGAGAGCUUUCUGCAAAAAGAAAUUUGGUGAACUUGCAAUCAUAACAGGGGAGAGCGAGAGGAAGUUCCUUUGGAAAAAGGUGAGAAUUUCUGGGCAUUUUCAAAACAAAAACACUUUAUGUGUGAUUUUAAAACGACAGUAACUGUAUGGUUUGAGCUACUGUGUUAGCAAAUAGUAAAUAUAAACCAAAUGUCUCUCUGUCCCCACAGAUAAUCAGAGGUGAUUUUAGUCAGUACUACAUCGGCAUGACAGUGAAUUUGGAUAAGUCAUUCAGGUAAAUCAAACUUUGUUGAUCACAAAUAUAUAACAUUUUCCCCUCAUGAUUGAUGUGGCUAAGAAAAAAAAAGGAAAUAAAAUUGGAAACUGAAAUAUUGAAUUAAAAAAAAAAGAAAGAAACAGACUUGUGUUGUAAAGUGUUGUUUUUCUUACAUUCUUGCUUAUUGUUUGUGUGUUGUUUUUUCCAGCUGGGUUGAUGGCACACCUGUAACAUACACUGCAUGGGAAAAGAAUGAGCCCAAUUUUGCCAAUAAUGAUGAAAACUGCGUGACAAUUUACAAAAGCAUGGGUAAGUUCAAUUCCCCCUGGGCUAUACUGCUUUUUAAAAAUUAAUCAUGGCACUUAAAAGGUGAUAAAUUUCUACACAACUACACAUACAGGGUUCUGGAAUGAUAUUAACUGUGGUUUGGAGCUGCCCUCCAUUUGCCAAAGAAGCAGUAAUUAUGUCAAUACAACUAUGGCUCCAACCACUCCCCCAAGAGGAGGAUGUGCACCAGAGUGGCAGUCUUUCCGGGGAAAGGUAAUGACAUACGACGCAGAACAUUGAAAUAUAUGCAAAAACUGUGCAUUAUGCAAAGUUUUUAAUCAAUACAGGAUAAAGUCCCUUUACUUGAUGUUCAAAUGAAUCUGUCUUGUUUCACAUAGUGCUACAAAAUUGUUGUGGGAAAAGACAAGAAAAACUGGCAGGAUGCAAGGACAUACUGCUUGAACCAGGGGGGAAAUCUGGUUUCAAUCCGAAAUGAACAUGAGCAAGGUGAGUAAUAUCUGCAGUGUUGUCAAUGUUCACAAUGUUCAUGCUUUAGGUUAUCUGUAAGGGUUUUACUGUACACAGAUCAACUAAAAUGUCACCUGAGGGAGUAAAACUGCAUUUGUUUCUUCUUCUUCUUCUUCUCCAGCAUUCCUAUCAACACAGAUGAUAAAAUACAAUGAAGACAUGUGGGUUGGCAUGAAUGAUAUCAACUGGGAGAUGCACUUUGUGUGGACAGAUGGCAAAACCAUAUCAUUUACAAACUGGGCAAAAGGGCAUCCCACAAGAGUGCCUGAUAGACGUUUUUCUUCAAGGGAUGAGGUUAUUUCUGCUUUAAAUUCUUUCUUCAAAACUUUAUGUACCUAAAUGCAAUGAACAAGUAAUGCACUGUCAAAAUCAAACCAUAUUUAAACAUACUUGGGAAUAUUAUGAUCCAUCUCUAUUAAGUCUGUUAUGCUGAUUUCUGCCAAAACUACACACUAUCUUCAAGGCAAUCUGCAUCUCAUCUUGGCAUAAUAAUAACAUAAAAAAUGUAGAGAAUUAUAUCCAGUCUUUAGGCUAAUCCAAAUCAUGUAGUUCAAUAAAGCCAAAAGAUUCACACUGGUCAGCAACAAACAAAAGAUUGUACGGUCCUGGAAAAAGAGGGGUGACUUUAAAUGACUUCGAAAUCUUUAAUUUGCUGCCACACUGUGAUCAAAUGUAAGAGGAAGUCAAGUGUUGGUUUUUAGUGUUUUCCAAUGUAAGGUAGACAUAUGCUGCAUUCGAGUUACCUCAGAAGUCAGAUGUUUGAGCUGGGAAUGACGUCACACCCAAGUUACCAGCGAUACAAGUUACCAAGUCGGAAGAAAGCAAAAUCGGAGGCAGAAACAAGAUGGUUACAUCUACAAAAGGGGAUGCUAGGAUUACUUAAAAUAACUAAAAUAAUAAGUACUAAAAUAAAUGUCAUAGAUCUAGCCAUCUGACUUAACUUGAACUUGAACGCAGCAUAGUCUUAAGUGUUGUUGAUGAUCCAACAAAAGACUCUUUCAACUAUGUAGUAUACUUCUUAAGGCACAAACAGCCAUCAAAGCAAUAUUAACAAGUGAAUAAGUCUAUUUGUUUGAUCGUAGAGUCCUUUGAAAUGUGUACGACAAAGACCUAACCCAGCUUACCCCCUCUGACUUCAAGGUGUAUGACUGUGUGAUAAUGAUGGGCAGUAAUACAAAGAUAGUUGGGCAGUGGAAGGUUGAGGAUUGUUACAGAGAAGCUGGCUUCAUCUGUAAAAGAAAUGUUGGUGAGUAAAACUUCAGUAAGUCUGCAUCACUAUGAGUAACAGGAUCACUCUUCAAGUCUUGCAUUGCCAACCAGAGACACACUCAAUGACCGAUGAUGUUUCUUGUUAACAAAGAUUCUCAGAUUGCAGUUCAACCCACAACUGUGCAACCGAAGGCUUUCUUUAAACUUGGCAAUGACUCGUAUAAACUGGUGGCCCAGAAGAUGAAAUGGGACGAGGCGAGGAGGCAGUGCCAAGCGGACGAUGCAGAUCUCGCCAGCAUCCUAAGCCCCAUAACCCAAGCAUACAUCAUCUUACAGAUUUCCAAGUACAAUGAGCCAGUGUGGAUUGGCCUCAACAGCAAUGUGGUAAAGGGCCGGCCUGUUAUUGUACAGCACCAGUUAGAUCAUUUGACAAGGAUAUUUGAGGUCUAAAGAAAUUUGACUCACACAACAGCUUCAUUUUUCCACAGACAAACGGCCGGUACAAGUGGGUUGAUAACUGGCUGCUGUCAUAUACCAGAUGGGGCGUAAACGAGCCUAAAAACAACUAUGCCUGUGUGUAUAUUGAUGUGGAUGGAAGAUGGAAGACUGGAUCAUGUACUACUGCCUACAACUCAAUUUGUAAGAAGUCAGCAGGUCAGAAAAUCUUUUUUUUGUUGUUGUUCUACUGCAAAUUUAGUGUUUAAAGUGUAGAAACACAGAACAUAAUCAAUGCCAUGUCAUGUCCCUAUUUCAGAGGUAGCACCAACUGAGCCCCCACAACUACCCGGCAAAUGUCCAGAAUCACGAGGGAUGACAUCUUGGAUACCUUUCAGAGGCCACUGCUAUGCCUUCUUCAACUAUAAUGAUGAAAGUUGGGCCUCUGCCUCAGUUGACUGUCUAAAGAAGGGUACAUAUCAAGAGGAGGUUUGCCAUUAAAUUCUAACCUGUAUGUUUAUGAAAUCUUGACAGUGUUUUUGUGUGGCUGUGUUCAACAGAUGCGUCUCUGCUCAGUAUUGUAGACCCUCAGGAGGCUCUAUUCGUACAGGAGAACGUCCACCUUCUUCAGGACAGUGCCAAGUCUUUCUGGAUAGGCCUCUACAAGACUCGCGAAGGUGACUGUAAACAAUGCAUCCAAGCAGUCCCAGGCUUGAGCAAGAUGAGUAAACAUUCAAAAUGUAUUUUUGUUCUCAAUACUGGUCUGUACUUACUCUUUAAUCAAGGUGAGUGGAAGUGGAUUGAUAACAGCGUUGUGGACUACACCAACUGGGAAAAAGGGAUGCCACAUUCAGAUACCUGUGUGGAGAUCAACUCUGAAACUGGGCAGUGGGCUACAAAUAGAUGCUACAGAAGUAGAUCUUAUAUCUGCAAAAGAGCCAAAGGUAUGUUUUUUAAACUGUCGUAUUACUUUGAGUCGUUCAAUCAGCCUCUUAGAUUGAGUAUUGUUUCUUUUUUUUUUUUCCAGUUAUUCCUCCAACAGAAAAGCCACCCUCUGUUGGUAAGUUGAUUAUUACUGCGUUCCAGUUACCUUGGAAGUCAGAAGUCCGAGCUGAAAAUGACGUCCCACUCGAGUCCCCAACGUUUCAGUUAUCAAGUUCGAAAAAAGUAAAAACAGAGGCCUGAAACAAGAUGGUUACACCUACGAAAGUUAUGUUAGCGCUUGCCUUAUAUUCGGACAAGGCAAGUGCUAAAAUAACCUUUGUAGAUGUAGCUAUCUUGUUUACGCCUCUGAUUUAGCUUUUUUUCCGACUCGGUAACUGAAACGUUGGGCACUCAGGUGUGAUGUCAUUUUCAGCUUGGACUUCUGACUUCCUAAGUAACUCAACGCAACAGAAGUUACUGUAUACAAAAGUGUGAUUCCAGAAUAUUGAGUGAUGCACUGUUUAUAUUUGUCUUUGCUUUUUCUCCUAAGCUCAUGUCGUGAAAGAAGCUUCACACGGGUCUGCAGGCGUCACUGUGGCUACUGUUCUUGUUGUAAUAGCCAUAGCCGGACUCGGGGCCUUCCUCCUUUUCCGCAAACGGAUACCCACCCCAGUCUUGGGAGAAAGCACUUUUGACAAUAAGUUAUACUUUAACAAUCCAAUCCGGGCUCCUGUAGACACUAAGGGUCUGGUGGGCAACAUAGAGCAAAAUGAAAACGCAUAG